AUGGGGAGUAUAGCAGUCAAUUGUGCAGGCGUUGCAAUAGCCGCCAGGACAUACAACUUAAAGAAGAACGAGGCCCAUGCGUUGGAGUACUUCCAGCGAGUUCUCAAUGUGAAUCUCUUAGGUACCUUCAACGUGAUCCGCCUUGCAGCUGGUGAGAUGGGCCAGAAUGAACCAGAUCAGGGAGGCCAGCGUGGGGUCAUCAUCAAUACUGCCAGUGUGGCUGCCUUUGAGGGCCAGGUUGGACAAGCUGCAUAUUCUGCUUCCAAGGGGGGCAUAGUGGCCAUGACAUUGCCUAUUGCUCCGGAUCUGGCUCCCAUGGGGAUCCGGGUGAUGACCAUUGCUCCAGGCUUAUUUGGCACCCCGCUGCUGGCAACCCUCCCAGAGAACGUAUGCAACUUCCUGGCCAGUCAGGUGCUCUUCCCCAAGCGACUGGGUGACCCUGCUGAGUAUGCUCAUCUGGUACAGUCCAUUAUCGAGAACCCAUACAUGAAUGGAGAGGUCAUCCGGCUGGAUUGGGCCAUCCGCAUGCAGCCUUGAAGGGAGAGGGCAGAGAAAACACAGUCCUCCUCCCUUCCUACCCUUGGCAUAUUGUGCU